AUGGCCCAAUCCUUCCGCCAAAUCCUCGGCGCGCCCCCCUCCACUGCCACCCCAACCGACAGCACCCUCAUCAUCAUCGACGCGCAAAACGAGUACGCCGAAGGCAAACUCGCCGUCUCCAACGCCCCCGCCACGCGCAAAGCCAUCUCCUCCCUCCUAUCCAAAUACCGCGAAGCCGGAGGGAAAAUCGUUCAUAUAAAGCAUUUAGUCCCUGAGGGAGCGCCGGUGUUCACGCCGGGAAGUCGACUGGCGGAGGAGUAUGAGGAGCUGACGCCGCGGGAGGGGGAGAAGGUGGUGGAGAAGUUGCAUCCGUCGAGUUUUGCGGAUACCAAUUUGCAUGAGUAUUUGAGGGGGGUGGGGGGGUUGAAGGUUGUGUUGACGGGGUAUAUGGCUCACGUCUGUGUGUCGACGACUGCGAGGGACGGCGCGAGGCUGGGGUAUGAUGUGCUGGUUGCCGAGGACUGUGUGGGGGAUAGGGAUAUUCCUGGUGCUUCCGGGGCGGAGGUGACGAAGAUGGUGAUGCAUGAGUUGGGGGAUGCUUUUGCUACGGUGGUGCAGAGUGGGGAUAUCAAGUAG